AUGGAAGAGUCCAAGGAGAGGUGGGUGACAGACCCUCCCACAUACAUCAGAGAGUCCAAGGAGAGCCAGCCCCUGCUCCGCGUACCGCCGCCGCGCAAGACCCUGCUCCGCGUACCGCCGCCGCGCAAGACCCUGCUCCGCGUACCGCCGCCGCGCAAGACCCUGCUCCGCGUACCGCCCCGCAAGACCCUGCUCCGCCCCUGCUCCGUGUACCGCCGCCCCGCAAGACCCUGCUCCGCCCCUGCUCCGCGUACCGCCGCCGCGCAAGACCCUGCUCCGCGUACCGCCGCCGCGCAAGACCCUGCUCCGCGUACCGCCGCCCCUAAAGACCCUGCUCCGCGUACCGCCGCCCCGCAAGACCCUGCUCCGCGUACCGCCGCCGCGCAAGACCCUGCUCCGCCCUUGCUCCGCGUACCGCCGGCGCGCAAGACCCUGCUCCGCGUAGCGCCGCCGCGCAAGACCCUGCUCCGCGUAGCGCCGCCGCGCAAAACCCUGCUCCGCGUACCGCCGCCGCGCAAGACCCUGCUCCGCGUACCGCCGCCCCGCAAGACCCUGCUCCGCGUACCGCCGCCCCGCAAGACCCUGCUCCGCCCCUGCUCCGCCAAGACCCUGCUCCGCGUAGCGCCGCCCAGCAAGACCCUGCUCCGCGUACCGCCGCCCAGCAAGACCAAGAUCCACGGCCUAGAAUCAUUCCAGGGCCAAACCCAGCCCAGACCUAUGAGAGAGUCCCUUGGGUUCAGAAGAGUGGCUUUAUUCAUCGCCGCGCAAGACCCGUGCAAGACCCUGCUCCGCGCACCGCCGCGCAAGACCCUGCUCCGCGUACCGCCGCCGCGCAAGACCCUGCUCCGCGUACCGCCGCCGCGCAAGACCCUGCUCCGCGUACCGCCGCCGCGCAAGACCCUGCUCCGCGUACCGCCGCCGCGCAAGACCCUGCUCCGCGUACCGCCGCCGCGCAAGACCCUGCUCCGCGUACCGCCGCCGCGCAAGACCCUGCUCCGCGUUCCGCCGCCCCGCAAGACCCUGCUCCGCGUACCGCCGCCGCGCAAGACCCUGCUCCGCGUUCCGCCGCCCCGCAAGACCCUGCUCCGCGUUCCGCCGCCCCGCAAGACCCUGCUCCGCGUACCGCCGCCGCGCAAGACCCUGCUCCGCGUACCGCCGCCGCGCAAGACCCUGCUCCGCGUACCGCCGCCGCGCAAGACCCUGCUCCGCGUUCCGCCGCCCCGCAAGACCCUGCUCCGCGGACCGCCGCCGCGCAAGACCCUGUCCCGCGCACCGCCGGCACGCAAGACCCUGCUCCGCAUACCGCCGCCGCGCAAGACCCUGCUCCGCGUUCCGCCGCCCCGCAAGACCCUGCUCCGCGUAGCGCCGCCGCGCAAGACCCUGCUCCGCGCACCGCCGGCACGCAAGACCCUGCUCCGCAUACCGCCGCCGCGCAAGACCCUGCUCCACGUUCCGCCGGCACGCAAGACCCUGCUCCGCAUACCGCCGCCGCGCAAGACCCUGCUCCGCGUUCCGCCGCCCCGCAAGACCCUGCUCCGCGUACCGCCGCCGCGCAAGACCCUGCUCCGCGUACCGCCGCCGCGCAAGACCCUGCUCCGCGUUCCGCCGCCCCGCAAGACCCUGCUCCGCGUAACGCCGCCCCGCAAGACCCUGCUCCGCGUACCGCCGCCGCGCAAGACCCUGCUCCGCAUACCGCCGCCGCGCAAGACCCUGCUCCGCGUUCCGCCGCCCCGCAAGACCCUGCUCCGCGGACCGCCGCCGCGCAAGACCCUGCUCCGCGUUCCGCCGCCCCGCAAGACCCUGCUCCGCGUACCGCCGCCGCGCAAGACCCUGCUCCGCGUUCCGCCGCCCCGCAAGACCCUGCUCCGCGUACCGCCGCCGCGCAAGACCCUGCUCCGCGUUCCGCCGCCCCGCAAGACCCUGCUCCGCGUUCCGCCGCCCCGCAAGACCCUGCUCCGCGUACCGCCGCCGCGCAAGACCCUGCUCCGCGUUCCGCCGCCGCGCAAGACCCUGCUCCGCGUACCGCCGCCGCGCAAGACCCUGCUCCGCGUUCCGCCGCCCCGCAAGACCCUGCUCCGCGUAACGCCGCCCCGCAAGACCCUGCUCCGCGUACCGCCGCCGCGCAAGACCCUGCUCCGCGUACCGCCGCCGCGCAAGACCCUGCUCCGCGUACCGCCGCCGCGCAAGACCCUGCCCCGCGCACCGCCGGCACGCAAGACCCUGCUCCGCAUACCGCCGCCGCGCAAGACCCUGCUCCGCGUUCCGCCGCCCCGCAAGACCCUGCUCCGCGGACCGCCGCCGCGCAAGACCCUGCUCCGCGUUCCGCCGCCCCGCAAGACCCUGCUCCGCGUACCGCCGCCGCGCAAGACCCUGCUCCGCGUUCCGCCGCCCCGCAAGACCCUGCUCCGCGUACCGCCGCCGCGCAAGACCCUGCUCCGCGUUCCGCCGCCCCGCAAGACCCUGCUCCGCGUACCGCCGCCCCGCAAGACCCUGCUCCGCGUACCGCCGCCGCGCAAGACCCUGCUCCGCGUACCGCCGCCGCGCAAGACCCUGCUCCGCGUACCGCCGCCGCGCAAGACCCUGUCCCGCGCACCGCCGGCACGCAAGACCCUGCUCCGCAUACCGCCGCCGCGCAAGACCCUGCUCCGCGUUCCGCCGCCCCGCAAGACCCUGCUCCGCGUAGCGCCGCCGCGCAAGACCCUGCCCCGCGCACCGCCGGCACGCAAGACCCUGCUCCGCAUACCGCCGCCGCGCAAGACCCUGCUCCACGUUCCGCCGGCACGCAAGACCCUGCUCCGCAUACCGCCGCCGCGCAAGACCCUGCUCCGCGUUCCGCCGCCCCGCAAGACCCUGCUCCGCGUACCGCCGCCGCGCAAGACCCUGCUCCGCGUACCGCCGCCGCGCAAGACCCUGCUCCGCGUAGCGCCGCCCAGCAAGACCCUGCUCCGCGUACCGCCGCCCAGCAAGACCCUGAUCCACGGCCUAGAGUACAAUGCGUUUAUUGUUAACAGCCUGGAAGAUUUAUAA